CAUCACCAAGGCGUGGUGCAUCUACUGUCAAUCUACCAAAAGCUCAAUUCUACCUGGCAGCUCGGUGUUUCUUUUCAAGAGGGAUCACAAGGAUCGAUGGAUGCUGCGGCGCCUGCUGUCGCUCAAAUGCCCGGUAGUACGGGGCGAAGGCUGCUGAGAAGUUGCAAUCACUGCAAGGCAAAGAAGACAAAAUGCUCCGGGUAUCCGGCACCCUGUAAUGGGUGUGUUCGUCGAAACAUAGAAUGUCGUUUCAGCAAAGCGAAUGUUCCUCGGCGAGCCUACUCCAAUACCGACCUCAUCGUCCUGACUGCACCAUGUGCGAGCAAAUCUACGAAGCCCAAGCCAAGGAUUGAUCCAAUUAAACCUGUGCCGGACCUUUUUGUCGACCGUCUUCUUGCUCACAUUCGCUCACCGGAGAUCCUUAAGUACAAUAGGCCUUACAUGGUAAAGAAUGGGUUAUUCGUUGGCAAUUAUAGUUUGAUGUUCUUCUCGGAUAGUCGGCUACAACAGCUGACGAUACAACUAUGCAACAACAAAGUUAAAGAAUUGUUACAGAGAAUUUCGUCUGUGAUCAGGUCGCGCAUUGGUCACUCUCAUCAGGUUUCACCAAGUACCAUUGAGCGGGUCGCAAUUACUGGUAACAAAGCCUCUCAAGAUCCCACAGUUUCGGCUUAUUGGAUAAAAUCAUAUUUUGAUCGGGUACACCCGUUCUAUCCUUUCCUGGACCAGCGGUUGUUUGAGUCUAUUGUGUCAAGCCCUCAGCUCCCUAGUCUCUUGGCGGAAAACAAAGCAUGGUCUGCUUUGUACUAUGCCAUAUUAGCUUUAGGAUGUCAAGUUACAGGAGGUGGAAGUUUCGAACCAGGCAAAGGGGAAGCUUGGCGACUGUUCUCAAUAUCGCUGGCAAUAUUGCCAGAUUUGAUGACGCUACCCGACUCCCUCACUGUCCUCCAAGCCAUGGCAGCCAUGACUAUAUACUCGCUUGGGAUAUCAUGUUUGGCCAUUGAGCAUCUCAUGAUUUCCGAAUCCGCUAGAAGAGCUCAAAACCUCGGCAAUGCCAAGUUAACAGGGAAUGCCUUACUCUGUUACCAGAAGGUAUUCUGGGUUUUAUAUUUCGUGGAAAAAGUCUCCAGCUUCCACUUCGGAAGAAACUCCGUUUUCUGCGAUCAUGACAUAGUCUUCUCUGUUCCGUCGGUGCCUGAGGCUAUCUUUGACGGAUUUGACUGGUUUUUAACCUGUGUAAGAUAUGCACGACUUCUGUCGCGUGCGGCGACCUCACUGUUUUCGCCGGGUGUUUUAGGUAAUCCAAAAACUUACUACCUCGCUGCGAUCGAUCAGCUUGAGGACGAGCUCAAAAGUUGGUGCUGGUUGAUGCCAGAAAGCGUUCGGCCAGGCGAGAUCUCUGGUCGCAAUCUCACAUAUCUGAACAACGUUAUGCGAACGGCAGCCAUUUGGAUGAGCUGCCUUCAUCACAGUCUUCGACUCAGUCUCUGUCGCGCUACUUUACACCUCGAAUCAGAUGCCAAGGAAGUGGUUAGUCCUACACGACAAGCUACAGCCACAAGAACCAUGAUGGAGGCUGCUCGCUCAAUUUUAGAGCUUGCGACAUUUGUUGACGUCGAGCCCUAUACGCCACUCUGGGUGAUCGGUGGCAUUCCGCUGACGUCUUAUUUUGUUCUUUUUGACUUCGUGAUUAAUAAUCCGAAAUCUGCAGAGACUACCACUAACUUGGCGCUUCUGGAUAUUGCUGGUGGUCAUUUCAGCAGGAUAGAGUAUGCUAGUGGUGGGUCUCUGCCAGGUUCCCUCAUUAACGGGUUUGCACAUAUUGCAAGGGAACAUGUUAAUUCUGUGAUAUGUGAUGGAGGCCGCGCUCCGCAACAUUUGGCACUAUUAGCUGCGGACCAGGAUAGUAGAGUCGAUGCGGCGCUCAGAAAGUCGCAUCCUGUGACAGAGGAUGUAAACAUCCUCUUUCCCGAGGCGACCAGCACCAAUCCCUUUUCUACCCCAGGGUCCUUCUCAGCCAUGACACCCGAUCCCUCCCUUAUGGCCGACGAGUUUCCAUUAAUGGAUACGUUGUUCUUUCCGAUCAACGAUAUCCCUAUUGAAGCCGAUGGACUAUAUGGGGCGGGCACUGACAUUAUGGACCUGUUCAAUACCUAUAUCCCAGGCAUAGACCCCGGCUUUUUCAACCAGCCAUCCGAUGACUAUUUUACCCAGCAGCCCUGGAACUGAUGACUUCUCUCUAAUUUUGUCAAUGCAAUAUUGGAAGACACCUGUCUACAGAUGAUAACGCGCACGCUCCCCGUCAUCCACCUGUUCAGCUGUGCUACUCGCCGAUCUCGUGGUAGUGGAACACAAACACAAUUUGACUAUGCUAUCUUGACCUUGGUGCAGAUUUAAGAAAAAGAAAACUCCUAUAAAAAUAUUUGAUGAAUAUCUGCCAAUACGAUGUUGUGCAGUGAGCUUUGAGCAAGAGUAUAAAACUGGUAUGCGACCUAAAAAUGCCCCAUCUACCACCGACC